AGUCAACCUGCUCAAGCGCUCUCGUCCCCAACGUCUUCUGUCCUUUCCUUCUCCUUGUACAUUUUCUCUUUGUAGAUCUUAUUUCGCCACUCCGUCUGUACAAGCAGGACAAGUAAAGAAAAGGAUGCCUCCCAAGAAAGCCGCCCAGCCCGAGAAGAAAGUUCUUCUUGGACGUCCGAGCAACAACCUCAAGAUCGGUAUCGUAGGUCUGCCAAAUGUAGGAAAAUCGUCCUUCUUCAACGCGCUGUCGCAAACCGACCUCGGAAAAUCCGCCAACUUCCCCUAUGCCACCAUCGACCCUGAAGAAGCUCGUAUACCUGUUCCCGAUCCGCGAUUCGAGUGGCUCUGCGAAACUUAUAAGCCUGCGUCUCGUGUCCCCGCCUUCCUCACAUGUAUCGAUAUUGCUGGUCUCACAGCUGGUGCCUCCACAGGUGCUGGUCUCGGUAAUGCUUUCUUGUCGCACGUUCGCGCCGUCGACGGUAUCUUCCAAGUCAUCCGUGCCUUCGACGAUGCCGAGGUCAUCCACGUAGAAGGCGACGUUGACCCCAUCCGUGACAUGGAGAUCAUCCAGACCGAGUUACGUUUGAAGGAUAUUGAGUGGGUACAGAAAGCCUUAGAUAACUUGAAGAAGGGUGGUCGAGCGUUGGGGAAUAAUUCGUUGGCCGACAAGGCAAAGAAGGAGGAGAUCGCGACAGUCGAGAAAGUGCUCAAGACGGUGGCGGAGGACGGCAAAGACGUUCGAAAAGUCAACUGGACCAACAAGGAGAUCGAAGUCGUCAACAGCCUGUCGCUGCUCACCGCUAAGCCCGUGACCUACCUCGUCAACUUGAGCGAGAGGGACUACGUACGGAAAAAGAACAAGUGGCUGCCGAAAAUCAAAGCAUGGAUCGACGAAAAGAACCCAGGCGAUCCUCUCAUCCCCUUCUCCGUCUCCCUCGAAGAGCGUCUCGCUCCCAUGACCGACGAGGAGAAGGCUGAGGAAGAGAAGAAAAUCGGAGCGACGAGUGCGCUGGGCAAGAUCACGCAGGCCGGAUACUCAAGUCUUGAGCUGAUCCGUUACUUCACCUGUGGACCCGGCGAAGUCAGGGCGUGGACGAUCAGGAAGGGGACCAAGGCGCCACAAGCGGCCGGUGUCAUCCACUCCGACUUCGAGAACAAGUUCGUCUGUGGUGAGAUCAUGGCCUACGAAGACCUCAAGGAGUUCGGCUCUGAAGCGCAGGUCAAGGCUGCGGGCAAGCUCAGGCAGCAGGGAAAGCCCUAUGAGAUGGUCGAUGGCGAUAUUGCGUACUGGAAGUCUGGCGCGUAAUUGUGGAUUGCGGGAGAUGGACGACGCUCGUCUUAUAUCGUUGUACAUAUACUUGGAAUUGAACAUGAAUAUGAAGAGUGUACGAGAAGUCUAG